AAAUUUGUCUGUGCUCCUAAUAUGGAUUCACUUUUGACAGAAUAAUAAUAAUUUUUUUUUUUUUUUUCUGUUAUUCUUUUUAUAAAAUAAAUAAAUAACAUGUUCAUUGUAUUGAUUAGCAUUACUUUUAUUGUUACUUUAUUAGCUUAUGCAUAUUUUAGUUUAUCCCAUUUUCAAAAGCCAUUACCAUUUUCAGCAAAUAAUAACAUUCUAAUUUUAACAGCUCAUCCUGAUGAUGAAUGUAUGUUCUUUGGUCCAACCAUUACUUCUAUUCGUACAAUGAUCAAAUCACGUAUCCAUGUAUUAUGUUUAUCAACGGGCAAUGCUGAUGGUUUAGGUGACAUUCGUAAAAAGGAAUUGAUAAAAAGUUGUCAAACAUUUAAUAUUCAACCCUCUCAUGUGAAAUCGUUGAAUAACCCUGAAUUACAAGAUGGUAUGCAAAAUCAUUGGAAUCCAAGUUUGAUAGCACAAAUAAUAAAGGAUUAUACAACUAAACAUAAGAUUGACACUAUAAUUACAUUUGAUAACCAUGGUAUAUCUGGACAUCCUAACCAUAUUGCAGCUUAUCUUGGUGCAAAAGCCUUUGUACAGCAAUACAAGAAUGGCAUUAAAUUAUAUCGACUUGAAUCACUUCCAGUUAUUCGUAAAUAUAUUGGCCUUAUUGACUUUUUAAUUCCAAACAAGGGUUCUGUGAGAAUGAUAUCACCUCCAUUAGCUUAUUUAUUAACCCAUAAAGCAAUGCGUCAACAUAAAAGUCAACUAGUUUGGUUUAGAUGGUUAUAUGUCAGCUUUUCAAGAUACAUGUUUAUUAAUGAUUUAAUUCAAGAAGAUGGACUUUAAAAAAAAAAUUAUUAAUAUUUUUUUUUUUUUCUUUUAUGUACACAUAAUAAACGACGACGGUAAAAUCUAUUAAAUAAAACAACGUCCUUUUUAUUAUAAGCUUUAACUAAUAAAAG